AUGGACAAUGAAUUCAUAAAAGGUAUUGUAUGGCCUAUGAACAUCGAAUCGAUAUCUCCAUUUAGAUCUAAUGAAAAAACAUCAGACAUGAAACAAUACCGAAGAUGUUGGGGUAUUACAUGUUAUCCUUGUUCAAAACUCUGUAUUGGACUUUUAAUUUUACUUGCUCUUCUUAUAUUGGCUAUAAUUGCUACAUUUCUUAUUCUUUUUCUUGGUAAGAAUAAAGAAGCAACAACAACACCAAUAAGUACAGCAAUCAAUCUAACCACAAAAAUAACUAGUACAACGACUACUACUGUAUUAACCAAAACGAUUCCUACUAAGUCAACUACAAUAACAACAACUUCAACUAUAGCAAGUACAACUACAACCAUGAUCACAUGUGGUACAUCCUGUCUCAAUCAAUCAUGGAUUGAUUCAUCAGGUGGUCUUGCUUUCUGGCCAUUCGACGGUUCAUAUAUUGACAUAGUUAGUGGUUAUAAUGGAAUUCCAUCUCCAAAUCCUCCUACUUUUGUUACGGGAUAUCUUGGUGAGGCUGCUUCAUUUGAUGCAUCCACUGAACAAUCUAUGUACACAUCAUUUAUUUCAUUAAAUAAUGCUAGUUUCACUGUAGAAGCAUGGAUUAAACCAACUGGAUAUCCUAAUCCGCGAGAUCAUAGUAUUGUUGGUUUAUGUCCAUCGAAAAUAACAAGUCGUUGUCUUCAUAUUAAUAUUCGUAAUAGAAAACUUUAUUUUGGAUUUUAUUAUGAUGAUCUUCAAGGUGUAACAACAAUCUUACUCAAUGAAUGGAUACAUGUAGUAUUUACUUUUGAUCUAACAACAAAAAUACAAACUAUCUAUUUGAAUGGAUUUCCAAAUGCACAACGUAUUGCAGCAAAUUCAUUACAAGUCGAUUCGGGCAAUUUUACAAUUGGUGUUAAUGAAGGCGUAGACUUUCCAUAUAGUUAUUUUCAGGGUUAUAUUGAUCAAUUAUCAAUCAGUCGACGAACAAAAUCUUCUUGUGAAAUACUUGAAAUAGCAACAUUAUCUGGUCACUUCAAAUUUGAUACUCCAUCACCAUUUAUUGAUUUAGGUCCUAAUUCAGUAGCAACUACAUCUUCAAGUACUUCAAUUAUCACGGGUCAUAAAAAUCAAGCUAUAUCAUUUUCUGGUUCAUCAGCAUCUUAUUUUCAAACAUGGGGUUUUACUUCAUUUGGUAUUAGUAAUAAAGAAUUUUCACUUGCAUUUUGGAUUCAACCUCAAAUUCUAUCAGGUACAAUUGUUCAUUUAUCAACAUCAUCUUUAGGUACAGGAUCUCAAUGUUUUUCAUUAUUGGGUUUUGAUUCGAAUGGAGCAAUUAUUGCACAAGUCUUGACUGACAAUAACAAUGUUGUCACAGCCACGGGUCCUAUUUUACCUGUAUCAUCAUUAUGGAUAGCAGUUGUUCAAACAUGGAGUUCAACAAAUGGAUUGAGACUCUAUGUAAAUAAUACACUUGUUAGUUCUGUCGAAGCUUCAACAUUUCUAGGAAGUGAAACAACACCAAACUAUUUAACAUUGGGUAAUUGUUUAAAUGGUUGUGAUGGUACAUGUUCAAGUGGUUCAAUUGGUACACCAGGUCCAUUUACAGGUGCAAUUGAUGAUUGGCGUAUAUACAAUCGUGAACUUACUUCGGAUGAUGUGUGUGCUCUACAUUUUGCUAUUUGA